UGAUGGAAAACCAAGAAAGAUGGUCGUUAGAAUUGGGUAAUGUUGGUCUUCUAAUAGAAAUAUAAUAGCUUCUGAUAGUAGAUAUGAGUCUAAUUGUCUAUAAGGAUUGUUAAAACAGAAUAAAAAAAAAACUUUAAAUGACCAUAGGAUUUGAGUAAUGUUAUUCUGAUUCUCUUCUGAUAGAAAUACAUGAGCCUCUAAUAGUAAAGAUAAGUCUAUCAAUUUAAAGGGAUUUUAAAAAGUGCAACAGAAUGCAAUUGCCAGGAGAAUAGGGUAAUUUAAGUCUGUUAGAGAAAUAUAGAGGCUUCUGAUAGUUGGGGUCGCUCUGCCUAUAAAGAUGCGAAUAAGGUUUGGUAGAAACCAGGUGAGAUGGCAUCGUAGUUGGGUAAAUUCAAUCUGUUUCUCAUCUGA